GGGUGCUGAAGUAAACAUAUCUGCUCUCACAUACAUAACUGGAUCAUCUCAAAUCAUCUACAUUUCAACUUAGCCACCUGUUACCUCGACAAGCAAUGGCUGCCUUUGUGUCGAUGGCAACGUGUCACACUUGUAAUAAGAUGUCCAGACAACCUGGAAUGAAUCGUGAGCUUUUGUCUACAUUGUCAAAGAACCGAAGUACCCCAGGAAGUGCGGGCAAACAAAGAACUCCACAGUCAGCCAGCAGGUCUACUCCGAAAUCUGUAGUAGACAGAACACCAAGUGGCACACCAAGGUCAGUAUCUUCAAACACCAGCUCAUCAUCAUCAAAGUCUGUCAGUGCGAAGCCGUCGCCUUUCGCCCGCCUCAAGAAGAUCCUUAUGCUGGAAAACAAACAGCAGAGCAAGAAAGGUGGCCUGAAGGACUUCCUCUCAUCUCUCUGAAGACCUCAGGGUCGUUAAAAUGAAAGACUCUGGCCCACUUUGAGUGGAGCUGCUGAAAUUCAGAGCAUGAAGCUUGAUGAGGAUGAUGAUCACUUCUCCUUGUGUAUUACAAUGCCAUCUAGUGGAGGAGUCAUUAGCCUGGAUUAUAUGGAAGGACAGGGUUAUAUUGAACAGAAGGUCUCCUUUCCUUCUAUCAGGUAUCAAAUGAGUGGGGAAAAAAUGUCCUUUUGUAACUUGUGCUACAGAACCACGCUGUGACAUUUUAUAGUUUUUUUCAUUUGCCAUUUAUUUUCAUGGUCCUACAUAUUGUUCAUUUUUGUACAAGAAAAACAACUUUUAUAUGUUGUGUUUUUAAUGUUAAUGUACUCUUUGAAUUCACACAUUUGUGUCCACAGCUCUUAGUUUGGAUCACUGAUAUUAAAAGAAGGAUUGUCUUUGCACUUGGCUUACACACUGAAUUAUUAUCAUUAUUAAUAUUAUACUGUUACAAAAUGUGUGCUGGGUUGUUUACAUUUGAUGGCUUAUUUGCCAUCAAACUAUGUAGCAAAGACCAAAAAUAUUUCAUACUGACUAUUUUUCUUCUCAGUACAUUAAAAAAGAA